ACAACCCAAGCGCCCCAGCAGCACCGAGCAAACGUCUGCAGCAGUAGCAAUGGCUCCCAACCAACAACCCGCCGCCACGACUGCUGAAAAGCCCAGCACCGGCCCCAAGCCCAUGUCUGCGAACACCAUCGCCAUCCUCAAGGCCACGGCUCCCGUCGUCAAGGAACACGGCACCGAGAUCACCUCCAACAUGUACCGGAUCAUGUUCUCCGAAUUCCCCGAAGUCCAGAACCUCUUCAAUAUGUCGCACCACCGCGUUGCCGGCGCGACCAAGGGCGGUGCGCCGGCUGGAGUGUCCCGUCAGGCCACGACGCUCGCCAACGCUGUCAUCGGCUUCGCUGCCAACUGCGACCAGCUCGGCAACCUCGGCGACGCUGUCCCGCGCAUGGUACACAAGCACGUGAGUCUCAACAUCCGCGCCGAGCACUACCCCAUCGUCGGUGGCUGCUUGCUCCGCGCUAUUAAGAUCGUCCUGGGAGACGCCGCCACGGACGAGAUCAUCGAUGCCUGGAAGGAAGCUUACUGGUUCCUCGCCGAUCUGCUUAUCCAGGCUGAGGACAACCUACGCACGGAGUUUGAGAACAUGCCUGGUGGCUGGGCCGGAUUCCGCGAGCUGCGCGUGGCUCGCAAGGUCAAGGAGAGCGACGAGGUCACCUCCUUCUACCUCGAGAGCACCGAUCCGUCCAAGGGACUCAUGACUUUCCAGCCUGGCCAAUUCAUCUCGCUCAAGUUCGACAACCUGCAAAAGGGGCGCUUGGUUGUCCGCAACUACAGCGUGUCGUCCGCCCCGGGCCAGAACUUCUACCGCAUCUCCGUCAAGAAGGAGUCCGGCAAUGCCGCCAACGACGUCCCGGCCGGCGUCGUAUCCUCGCACCUGCAUGACGAUGUCAAGGUCGGCAGCAUCCUGCAUGUGGGCGUGCCCUGCGGACACUUCUAUCUGGAGACGGACAAGCCGUCGACCAAGCCGAUCGUGUUCUUGAGCGGUGGUGUGGGCUUCACCCCGCUGUUGAGCAUGCUCGAGCACCUCGUGGCGUCGUCCGCCAAGAAGCAGCCCGUGGUGUUCGUGCAGUAUGCCCGCAACGCCAGCGUCCGCGCCUUCGGAGAGCACCUCGAGAGCAUCGCCAAGAAGAACGACUUCGUCACGGCGCACACGGUGUACGGCAAGUUCGACGUGACCCAGCUCGAGAAGCUGUUGCCGUCCAGGGACUGCGAGUUCUACUUCUGCGGCCCCGCCGGCUUCAUGUCGGCCGUGUUCAAAUCGCUAAGUAACCAGUGGGCCGUUCCGGCUGCGCAGCUGCACUACGAGUACUUCGGCCCCACGCAGGACAUUGGCGCCGACAACUCGACCCAUCGCCCGCCUUCGUCGUGUCCGUUUGCCACGUUCGACUACCACACGCGCCUUAUGGCCAACGCCGACAAGACGUCGCGGACACGCCUCGUGGUCGCAGUUGCAGUUGCCACCUCCGCAGUGUUGGCUGCGUCCCUUCUGAGAGCGAGGAAGUAA